ACACACACAGCCCCGUGUGUGUACUGUGCUGGGCUGCUGGUGGGGUAUAGUCCGGUGGUUGUUGUAGCCCAGCCGACCAGUCAGUGCCAUGCAUAACGCAUGAGAGAGUCACGUUCGAAACCUCGUCUCGUCCACCAUCUCUUUCCUUUUUUUCAGUUUCUCAUCCAUCGACAAAUCUUUUCCCAAAUAAAAACAACAACAACAAUUUCUAUUCCAUCCGGUGAACGUGUGUCUAGUGUCAUCUUCUAUUCCGCCGAGAUAUCCAUGGUGUAUCCAGUGUGAUUUCCGUGCCCAGUGUUACCCAAUCAAUUGUGCUGCUGUCCGUGAAAUCACGUUGGAUUACGUUCGUUUCGUUUCGUUUCGUUGAUUGGAAAAAUUGAAAAAAAGUUUGUAAAAUUGCCGGAAAGUCAAUGGCUACGGCCACGUACCUCGGCCACCAUCAGCAGCAGCCGACGGAUCACCACCAUCCGGCCCACCAUCACCACCACCACCAUUUGCAUCACCACGCACUAGUGGCCGCCGCUGCGGCCGCGGCCCAGCACCAACAGGAGCAAUCACAGCAGCAACAACAAGCGUCCAGCAGUAGCAGCGCCGGAAUCAGAAUGAACUUGGUCAAUUCCACACAAAGUGGUGGCGGAGGAGGUUAUCAAAGCGGAGGCAACGGGUCCAGCUCGCCAGUGCAACAACAUCACAGGGAACAACACGGACAUGAAAUGAAGUACAUGGUGGCGGCAGCGGCGGCCGCCGCUGCUGGACACCCGGCGGCUUUGAUGUCGCACAAUCCUUGGUCGGAUGCCGGAAUCCAUCCGGGUGCGGCUGCCCAUCACUGGGCAUCUAUGCACUCGGUUCACGCUCACGCCACUUUGCAUCCGCACCAUCAGGACAUCAAACCGCAGGCCGGCGAUCUGGUGGCCAUCCAGCACCACCGGGCCGGCAACAGUAACCAACAAUCGUCAUCAGCUUCCGGCCAUGGAGGCGGAGGUGGUUGGCAUUCGGCCGUUUCAGUCUCCUCGCCCUACAUGUCCUCCGGCGGCGGAUCGCCCAUCCAGCACCCCAACUACCCGUCCGUUUCUGGCGGAAUGAACGGUGGAAUGGGUCAAUUGCAUCCGCAUUCCGGUGGUGGUCAUCCGGGCCAGCACCACCACCACCACGGCGGAAUGGUCGGCCGAGGUCCCAGUGAAAGUUCUGGCGUCGGAAGUCCCUUAGGUCCACACGACCACGACCCACACGGACACCUGGACCAGCACGGCCAUCACCUUCAUCACGGCCAGCAUUCCGGCGGUGGUGGUGGGCCCCACUCCGGCGCCGGAAGCGACAUGGGUGGCGACCCGUCGGAAGAAGAGAAUCCAACCUCCGACGACCUGGAAGCAUUCGCCAAACAAUUCAAACAGCGGCGGAUUAAACUGGGAUUCACCCAGGCCGACGUCGGGUUGGCCCUGGGCACCUUGUACGGCAACGUUUUCUCUCAGACGACCAUCUGCCGGUUCGAGGCUUUGCAGCUGAGCUUCAAGAACAUGUGCAAGUUGAAACCACUGCUUCAAAAGUGGCUGGAAGAAGCGGAUUCGACGACCGGAUCGCCGACCAGCAUCGAUAAAAUCGCUGCCCAGGGACGGAAGCGCAAGAAGCGGACGUCGAUCGAGGUGUCGGUGAAAGGAGCCCUGGAACAGCAUUUUCAUAAGCAGCCGAAACCGUCUGCCCAGGAGAUCGCCUCGCUGGCCGAUUCGCUCCAACUGGAAAAGGAAGUCGUGCGCGUUUGGUUCUGCAACCGGCGGCAAAAGGAAAAGCGGAUGACGCCGCCCAUGCCCAACGGACCCAAUUCAUCACCCCUCAGAGGGGGUAUGGGCGACUACCCUGGGAUGGACCAGCAACAGCAACAACAACAGCAACAACAUCACGUCGUGGGAGGAGGUUAUCUGCCGGGCCAUCCGCUUCAUUCGGAUCAUCUGAUCGGAUUGCACGGCGGUGGUCACCCCUCGCCUGGGAUGAUGCAACAACAGCAGCAACAACAGCAACAACAACACGGUCACAGUCCGCCCAUGCUCUCACCCCAAUCUCUGCCCCCGUCGCAUUCCCAGUCGCUAACGGCCCAUUAAAAAAAAUUGAAUUU